UGAUUGGCUCACACAAGACUAAACUCCAUUUUGGAAAAACAGCUGUUUGAAGGCGCAAGCUUUUUCCAGUUUCUCACCGAUGCUUUCCUGAGAGGAAAAGAAAACCCUCCGCAGACGCUUUCUUCGUCCUGCGCCGCCGGAGGUUCCGAACCGCCGCGCUCCCGGGUUUCGGCCCUUCUCUUCGGGGGAAGCUUUUGUGAUUUUGUCCUACUGCCAGGAAACUUAACUGGAGAUCCAUGGUGUUAAAUUUCCAUUGUAACAAGUGGAUAAAAGGAGGCGAGUCGACCAAGGUGUAAUGAGAGCGCUGGUCAUGGACAGAUGAUGGACGUGGAGACGUCGUACUCGGAUUUCAUCAACUGUGACCGCACAGGCCGCCGGAACGCCGUGCCCGACAUCUCAGGGGAGGGGACGGCCACGGCGAGCACGAGUGAGCUCACCAAAGACAUGGCAGAGAUGGAUCUGAAGGCUGCAGAAGGAGACCCGGGGGCCUCCCCGGCUCCGGAGGCCGAGGGCUCCACAAGCCAAGACGCCCAGGGCGGCGGGGGCCCGUCCUAAAGGCAGCAGGAGACAGAAGUGGCGUGGAGAAACGCAGAGAGGGAAAUGAAGA